AUGGACAGGGCUUACACAGGCUCCCAGUUUAGAGACUCUCAUGAGAAAACAUUCAGGAGAGAAGCCAUACAAGUGUGCGCCAUAUGGGGCAGCGCUUACACAGGCUACCAGUUUAGAGAAUCUCAGAAACAUUCAGGAGAGAAGCCAUACAUGGGUGCGCCAUAUGGGGCAGCGCUUACACAGGCUACCAGUUUAGAGAAACUCAGAAACAUUCAGGAGAGAAGCCAUACAUGGAGAAACUCAGAAACAUUCAGGAGAGAAGCCAUACAUGGGUGCGCCAUAUGGGGCAGCGCUUACACAGGCUACCAGUUUAGAGAAACUCAGAAACAUUCAGGAGAGAAGCCAUACAAGUGUUCGGCAUAUGGGGCAGCGCUUACACAGGCUCCCACUUUACAGACACUCAUGAGAAAACAUUCAGGAGAGAAGCCAUACACGUGUGCGCCAUGUGGGGCAGCGCUUACACAGGCUCCCACUUUACAGACUCUCAUGAGAAAACAUUCAGGAGAGAAGCCAUACACGUGUGCGCCAUGUGGGGCAGCGCUUACACAGGCUCCCACUUUACAGACUCUCAUGAGAAAACAUUCAGGAGAGAAGCCAUACACGUGUGCGGCAUGUGGGGCAGCGCUUACACAGGCUCCCACUUUACAGACACUCAUGAGAAAACAUUCAGGAGAGAAGCCAUACACGUGUGCGCCAUGUGGGGCAGCGCUUACACAGGCUCCCACUUUACAGACACUCAUGAGAAAACAUUCAGGAGAGAAGCCAUACACGUGUGCGCCAUGUGGGGCAGCGCUUACACAGGCUACCACUUUACAGACUCUCAUGAGAAAACAUUCAGGAGAGAAGCCAUACACGUGUGCGCCAUAUGGGGCAGCGCUUACACAGGCUCCCACUUUACAGACACUCAUGAGAAAACAUUCAGGAGAGAAGCCAUACACGUGUGCGCCAUGUGGGGCAGCGCUUACACAGGCUCCCACUUUACAGACACUCAUGAGAAAACAUUCAGGAGAGAAGCCAUACACGUGUGCGCCAUGUGGGGCAGCGCUUACACAGGCUCCCACUUUACAGACACUCAUGAGAAAACAUUCAGGAGAGAAGCCAUACACGUGUGCGGCAUGUGGGGCAGCGCUUACACAGGCUCCCACUUUACAGACUCUCAUGAGAAAACAUUCAGGAGAGAAGCCAUACACGUGUGCGCCAUGUGGGGCAGCGCUUACACAGGCUCCCACUUUACAGACUCUCAUGAGAAAACAUUCAGGAGAGAAGCCAUACACGUGUGCGCCAUGUGGGGCAGCGCUUACACAGGCUACUAAUUUACAAAAAACAUGA